UCCCCGUGUUUUCUUCAGCUAGUGCCCCCAUCUGUUUGCCUUGGUCGAAAAUAACGAGGCGAUUUAUUGUUUUUCUUUCUAAGGUUUAUCUCAUUUCAGGCGAAAUGAAACACAAUUCCAAUGUCCCUGCUUUCCUUACAAAGCUUUGGACCUUGGUUGAGGAUUCUGACACAAAUGAAUUCAUCUGCUGGAGUCAGGAGGGGAAUAGUUUCCUCGUUUUAGAUGAACAACGAUUCGCUAAGGAAAUACUGCCUAAGUUCUUCAAGCACAACAACAUGGCUAGCUUUGUCCGACAGCUGAAUAUGUAUGGCUUUCGGAAAGUGAUGCACAUUGACACGGGCAUAGUCAAGCAAGAGCGAGAUGGGCCCGUUGAAUUCCAACACCCCUACUUCAAGCAUGGCCAGGAUGAUUUGCUUGAGAACAUCAAAAGAAAGGUGUCCACAAGCAGGCCUGAGGAGAACAAAUUGCGGAGGGUUGAGGAACUGUCAGAGAUUCUAUCCAGUGUUCAGAAUGUGCACGGGAAACAGGAGAAUUUGGAUUCCAGACUUGCCACUCUGAAAAGGGAGAACGAGGCUCUGUGGAGAGAGAUCUCAGACCUGCGGCAGAAACAUACUAACCAGCAGCAAGUCAUCAAAGAGCUGGUGCAGUUCAUCUUCACGCUGGUCCAGAAUAACCGCAUUCUAAACUUAAAACGGAAAAGGCCUCUACUGCUGAACAGCAAUGGGAAGAAAUCCAAGUUCAUUCACCAGAUAUACGACGAACACGUGGAUCAUAGCAAAGGGUCGGUCAGUGAAAUCAACGAUCUGAAGAACAGCACAGAAAUAUCAGAAGAUGUCAUCAUCUGCGAUGUCAUUAAUGAGGAUUCUGACUCCACCAGAGCCCUGGACCUGGACCAGAUGGAUGUUGAGAUCAUUGAGGUCAGUGAGGGCAACACGGUUUCGCCAGGCACAUUGACGGUGGAAGACGAAGUGGAAUCCGAAGAACCUUCUAGAAGCAUGACUGACAGCCUUCCCACCAGCAGCGCCCUGCAGCUCAACAAGCCCUGCAGCCUCAGUCAGGAGGAUCCCCUGAAGAUGAUGGACUCCAUCCUGAAGGAGAGCGGAGCCAUCUCACAGAACAUCAAUCUCCUGGGAAAGGUGGAGCUGAUGGACUACCUUGACAGCAUUGACUGCAGUCUGGAAGAUUUUCAGGCCAUGUUGUACGGAAAGCAGUUCAGCAUUGAUCCUGAUAUCCUAGAGGGAACAGACAGUUCCAAGGGAACCAUUGAGCUGUUUUCCAAAGAAUUGAAGGCCGAGGCUGACGCAGCUGACAAGCAGCUUAUCCAGUACACCAGCUGUCCCCUGUUGGCUUUCCUGGAUGGCUGCACCCCACUGACCACGGAGUCCGAGACCCCGGCCCCCAUCUCCACCUCCUCCAGCGGCCACUCCCCGACUACGUCCGCCCUCAGCAUGGGCCUCCUGGAGCCCUCCGACAGCCUGGCAGGGGUGGGGUCGGUGCCGGAGGACGAGCCGCCGGUCGACCUGCUGGCCACUCCCAUCGAGGGCGAAGAGACGCGGCGCAACACGCUCAUCCGCCUGGAGCCGCUGACGGAGGCGGAGGCCAGCGAGGAGACGCUCUUCUACCUGUGCGAGCUCAACCCAGACGUCACCGGCGAUGAGACCGUCGUCCCACUGGAGCUCUGAGGAAGCACGGCGUGCGACUGGAGAGGGAAGAGAGAGGUGGGGCGCCUUGCAGACGACAAAAUCAACACAAAGAAAAGGAUGGACCUUUUUGUAUAUAUUCAUCAAAAUGAUGAUCUAUUUAUUUCCAAGUAUUUUUUGGUACAUACUUCUUAUCCACUGUUGAAAGUUUCCGUUUGUUUUUUUUGUUUGUUUUUUUAAAGAAAAUAGAUGUUUUGUUUGUAUUGUUUUUUUUAUUUCCCCAUGGGUGACAUUCCGUCAGCUAUUUGCAGAUGCUUUUCUUUGGGAAAUCUGUGUCCAGACACUCACAAUAUAAGUGCACAUGUUGACACACACAUGUACGAACACACAUACUGUAGUUGUUUAUGUUAGCUGUUCUGAACGGAGUUUGCUGCGGAUAUGUUGCUGGUUAUCCACUGAAACACCUUGUGUGUGGCAGGUAAAUAUAUAUCGCUUACAAAACUGUAAGAGUCAAAGUAUGUGUGAAAACAUGAAAAGACAAUGUCACAUUUCUGUAAAUAGAAAAUGGUAACCAGAAAACAAACUUGUGGCCCUUAAUGUAGAAAGACAUGGAAAGUGCCUGCAUCUCCGUCUUCUUUUACUAUGUUACCAUAUUGUUUCUGGUAUUAUAGAAACCGCACCAUUCAGAAUUUCAAGUAGUCUGGCCUUUGCGUAUGUCGUUGAUAGCGGAAUGUGCACAGACCUCUGUGACUGUUAGCCUUUCUUGUGAGCUUGUUGUCAUUCUCUCAGGCUUGGCUGUAACAUUAAAGGAACUGCAACUGCA